CGCUUGUGCUAUGUGUCGAUAUAAAUGAGAGCCACAGCCCUCUCCCCAUACUUAAAACCCCCUCCCACCCCUCACCUGUAGCAACCUCUCUCUCCUCCUCCUCCUCCUCCUCUGUCACACUACGGUUCAUUUUGAUCAAGAAUCAGGCUUAUCUUCCAUGUGUUUCUGAUCCUGGUAAGUAUCCAUCUCUCUCCUUCCAUCUCUCGGUUAUUACUCAUCACUUCGGACCUUAGGAGGUGUAGGUAGGUUAGAGAUGGAGGACACAGACUAGUGACGCUACUCCUUGUGGUACACUCUUAGAGCUUAUUGGGAGGGACCUAAUGUAAUAUGAAUCAUAGAACAUGGGGAGGCAAGUGAAGGGAUCUUUUGACACUAAGAACGCCCAUAUCUAGUACGCAAGUGCCAUUACAAGCUUCUCUAAGCCUAGUUUGGGAUCCAAGGUGUAGCUGUUGACAAUGAUGAGUUCAAACAGUUCAUUUCUACUACCAACAAUAUAUCCGGACCAGUGUAGCAGCAGCAAGAAGAAGAAGAAGAAGAUGAUGAUGACAGAAGUGGCAGAUCACAAACGAGCAAGCCAUGAUGGCUUCGUUCUUCGCGACAUGAGCGGUUCUUCGAGAAGUCACAAUGACAGCAGUGGCGGAAAGAGGCCCAAAACUAGCGAUGGUGGAAGAGGAGCUGCUACGUCCACCAAGGAGAAGGACAGGAUGGGAGAGAGAGUGGCAAAGCUGCAACAACUGGUCUCGCCUUUUGGGAAGUCAGACACAGCAUCUGUUCUUUCGGAGGCCACUGCAUACAUUAAAUUCCUCCAUGAACAACUCCAGGUGCUCUGUGCUCCAUAUCUCAGGAAGGCAGUGACAGGGAAGAUGGAGGGGGAUGAUCAUUACAGCCUCAGAAGCCGUGGCCUGUGUCUUGUGCCGCUGUCCUCCACAUUCCAGAUUGCCCGAAGCAAUGGCGCUGAUCUCUGGGCACCAGUAAACACAAAUAGAAAACCAUAGGACUACUACUUGCUCGGGGCACUGUAAAAGGGCAGAUGGUUUCUAACUCGAUUCAUUUCAUUCCCUCUUCUGACCUGAGAACUCCUGUUCAUUGUAGAUAUCUUACACUCAGUAACCUGAUAUUGUAUUUGUCCCCUGCUGGUUGCAUGUUUACUACUGUGAGCUGAUCUAGUGAUCACAAAGCUGUAAAGUGUAUGAAGCAGUAUCAUUUCCAAGACUUGCUGCUCAAGGAGAUUAGAAGUUUAAAAGGAUGACCUCAGUGCAAGAGGCUCCUGCGCAUGUAAAGUCUAGAAGAGAGUAAACAAAAUCACAAUUUGAGUUAAUGCCAUGCGAGAACCUGGAUUGAGUACUGGACCAGUCAUUCGGUCUUCCAGUUAGAUCAUUCCAGUGAGAGGCUCAAUCACCAUUCAGAGGGAUAACAUCAAAGUCCCAGUUAAUCUCGUGUUCCUUGGCAGCAGCAGCAGCUAAGAAGCAUCUUGUGCUGCUCUCAGAAAAAAGUGAAAACCUGUACAGUGAACAUAAAACAGGACAAAUAAGAUGCAAAUUGUAGAUUCCACCCUUUCGACUGUCAUGUAAUAAAGAGUUUCUUGUUGUAA